CAGGCACUGUGAAUGAUUUGCUGACGGGUAAACAGCAGGUAUAACAAAGAUUGGGCUGUAUUCUUAUGAAAGAGCUUGCACGGGUUCUGCCUACUCUCAUCUCAGCAUGGAGGCUUCCCUGUGCUUUGCGUUGUUCCUUUUCUUUCCAGCGUUCAUAUCAACCGUCGUUCUCCCUCAGAAGAGGUCCAUGCAGGGGCGUGGCAGUGAUCUGGAAAUCUACAGCUUCCACGUGGACUGCAAAGUCACCUCCCGCUUCGCCCACAAUGUGCUCACCAGCCGCAUGGCCAAUCGGGCCAACGCGUCCAGAGAGGUCACCUUCGACGUGGAGCUGCCCAAAAAUGCGUUCAUCAGCAACUUCAGCAUGACCAUCGAUGGAAAGACGUAUGUUGGUUUGGUGAAGAAGAAGGAAGAGGCCAAGCAGCAGUAUGAUCAGGCCGUGUCCCAGGGGCAGAGUGCUGGACUGGUCAAGGUCUCCGGGAGGAAGAUGGAAGAGUUCAAGGUGUCGGUGAACAUCGCGGCGCUCAGCAAGGUCACCUUUGAGCUCACCUACGAGGAGCUGCUGAAGCGACACCUGGGGAAGUACGAGCUCAUCAUCAAAGUGCGGCCGCAGCAGCUGGUCAAGCACUUCAAGAUCGAUGCCCAUAUCUACGAACCUCAGGGCAUUAGCUUUUUGGAUGUGCACACAACAUUUCUAACCAAUGACUUGGCAGAGACAGUGAAGAAGACUUUAACCCAGGACAAGGCCCACGUUGUGUUUGAACCAACACUGGAGCAGCAGCGCAAGUGUCCGGAAUGCUCUGAAAGCAUCUUAGACGGAGAGUUCACCAUUAAAUACGACGUGAAGAGAGAAGAGUCCGCAGGAGAUGUCCAGAUCGUGAAUGGAUACUUUGUCCACUAUUUUGCGCCCACCAACCUGCCGAGGUUGCGGAAGAACGUGGUAUUCGUGAUAGACCGCAGUGGCUCCAUGUACGGGAAGAAAAUACAGCAGACCCGGGAAGCCCUUCUGAAAAUCUUAGAAGACAUUCACGAAGAGGAUCAUUUUGGCUUGAUAACGUUCGACAGCGAGGUCACAACCUGGAAAAGUACUUUAGUUCAAGCUACUCCCGAGAUGUUGCAGCGGGCCAAAACUUUCGUUGGUCACAUUACAGACCGGGGAGGUGAGCACCUAAACGGGUCGGAACCACUCCGCUGGGAAACGAGACCUUUAAUCCUUAGCGGUCCAUUUAUUCAGCGCUCGUCGGGCGCGUCAAGUCCAAUUUAUUUUCACACAAGCUGUUUAUUUUAA